AUGCCUACCACGUCAACUGGUAUGAGGCACGAUCCAAGCAAGAAUUGUGAUGUACUCCUCGCUGAAGCGCAAGGUAGUGAUGGAAAGGUGGAGAUAUUCCGGAGCCUAAAGGAACGAUCAUUGGAGCUUCUAUGUUGUAUUGAAAAUGACAGGAAAUGA